GUGCACCGGAGCGGAAGAGGCGGAGCAGAGGGCUGUGAGGCGGAGUUCAUUCCAAAAUGAGGGAAAAUAAGAACAUGUCCGAGUCCCCGUCUCAAGCGGGAAAAGAAAUACCGGCGAAAAAACAAAAGCUGAGUAGUGACGAGAACAGCAAUCCCGAUUUAUCAGGAGACGAGAACGACGAUGCCGUCAGCGUUGAGAGUGGCACCAAUGCAGAGCGCCCAGACACGCCCACCAACACCGCCAACGCGCCUGGCAGAAAGAGCUGGGGCAAGGGCAAAUGGAAGUCCAAGAAGUGCAGAUACUCUUUUAAAUGCGUCAACAGUUUGAGGGAGGACCACGGCCAGCCGCUGUUUGGAGUCCAGUUUAACUGGCAUAGCAAGGAGGGAGAUCCACUGGUGUUUGCUACAGUUGGGAGUAACAGGGUAACUCUGUAUGAAUGCCACUCUCAGGGAGAAAUCAGACUCUUGCAGUCCUACGUUGAUGCAGACGCAGAUGAGAACUUCUACACGUGCGCCUGGACCUACGACACCAACACAAGUCACCCCCUGCUGGCUGUGGCCGGGUCCCGCGGCAUCAUCCGAGUGAUCAACCACAUCACAAUGCAGUGCAUCAAGCAUUAUGUAGGUCACGGAAACGCCAUCAAUGAGCUCAAGUUUCACCCGAGGGAUCCCAAUCUGCUCCUGUCUGUCAGCAAAGAUCACGCUCUCCGACUGUGGAACAUACAGACGGACACUUUAGUGGCGAUUUUUGGAGGUGUUGAGGGACAUCGGGAUGAAGUGCUAAGUGCUGAUUUUGAUCUGCUGGGUGAAAAGAUUAUGUCAUGUGGGAUGGACCACUCGCUAAAGCUUUGGAGGAUCAAUUCAGAGAGAAUGCAGAAAGCCAUUCGUGCGUCUUAUGAGUACAACCCCUCGAAGACAAACAGGGCGUUUGUCUCACAGAAAAUUCACUUCCCCGACUUCUCGACUCGCGACAUUCAUAGAAACUAUGUGGACUGCGUGCGGUGGCUCGGGGAUCUUAUUCUCUCCAAGUCUUGUGAGAACGCCAUCGUCUGCUGGAAACCCGGAAAGAUGGAGGACGACAUUGAUCACAUUAAACCGAAUGAGUCAAAUGUGACGAUUUUAGGACGCUUUGAUUACACCCAGUGUGACAUUUGGUACAUGCGCUUCUCCAUGGACUUCUGGCAGAAGAUGCUGGCGCUGGGGAACCAAGUGGGGAAGCUUUACGUGUGGGACCUUGAAGUAGAAGACCCGCACAAAGCCAAGUGCACCACGCUGACGCUCCCCAAAUGCACAUCGGCCAUCCGGCAGACCAGCUUCAGCCGCGACAGCAGCAUUUUGAUAGCGGUGUGCGACGACGCCUCCAUCUGGCGCUGGGAUCGACAGCGCUGAGCUCUCCUGUUGCCCCCCCCCCC